CCAAGCCUCCGAAAGUCUUCCUAAACUUCUUCAAUGAUGUUCUUCGCCCGGGAAUGUUCAUUGUCUUUCGCUGGACGUCCGCAUUCGAGUGAAUGACCACUGUUCGACUUUCCCAAAGUCCCAGAGGAGAGAAGUGAAAAAGACGAAGAAGCUUUCCUAUAAACACUUUCAAAUGGGAUUCGCUGCCCGCCUGUUCUUGCAGAGGCUACGUGGAUAAUUCCAGGCAAAACGAGUUUUUUUGUUAACAGACAUGGAGGUGAUUUGGAGAUAUUCCUGCCUGUCAAUUAUUGAAUACCUUUUCAUUUUGUGCUUCAUGCCACUGGAUCUGUUUGCGCAGUUGGCUCCAGAGUGUUACCCUAAUCGGUACCGCACACUGCGCAACCCGUACAGGAGUGUGGACUUUGACUCCACGGAGCUGCAGAACACGGCCAUCCAGGACCUGAUAUGUGACCACUCCUUACCCGCGGGCUGGUACCGCUUCACCAUCAACAACAAACCCGCAGAGAUGCCUACCAGCUGUGUGGAGAUGAACCGCUGUGGUACCCAGGCCCCGGUCUGGCUCUCCCUGAAGGACAGCUCCCUGCCCCAGCCCGGGGAGGUGCGGCAGCUGUCGGCGUGCGCCACCUGGCAGUUCUUCCACGGCAGCACCAAGGACUGCUGCCUGUUCCGCAUCCCCAUCUCCGUACGCAACUGCGGCGACUUCCUGCUCUACUUCCUGCAGCCCACGCAAGGGUGCAUGGGAUACUGUGCCAAAGUCACUAUAGAGUCGCCACCCAGGUCGUGUCCACCGGGCCAGGUGGAAGUCAAUGGAGUGUGCAAAGCUAUUGUCCCCCAACUGUCCUCCCCUCCGGUGGUCGCCCCAGAGCUGCUGGGCAGCAGUGUCCACCUGAGGUGCUCCUUCCCUGGGGUGGCGUCCAGCCUGUCCAGCCUGCCCGUGGGCUACCUGGUGGUCUGGCUCCGGCUCUCGGCGGCCUCGGGGACUAAGGAGGAGGUGCGACGGGACUCUACCCUCAAGCCCUUCUCACUGGUGGAGAUGGACGGAGUCCACUUUCGACUGGGGGAAACGUUCUCGUGCAGUGUGUCCACCUUCCUGCGCAACUCUUCAAAGACACAGUCGCUGCCCAAGGAGAGUGAUGGCUUCUUUGCCGGGAUUAAGUUUUUCCCAGAAUCUCUGCACAUCAGGGAGGAUGGCCGAGAGCACCAGGUGUCUGUCUUCAGCACUGUGCCCAUCUCAUGCCACGGAGCUGGGCAGCCGGGCCCCACGCAGCAGUGCAAGGUCACCCUGGGAAUGUCUGUCCAUGAUCAAGACAGUCGAGUGCAGGAGGCCCCUAACGUGGCGCUGUCAUCGUGCCAGCUGGAGCUGAUGCCAACGGCGGCGACGACAACGGGGGCGGCGUGCGGCCCCGAGGGCUGUGCCCAGGGCACCCUGCUGCUCACCGCCACCACCGACUUCACCCGAGACGGGAACCGCGCCAGCCUGGUCACGCCGCAGCCCACGCGCAGCACCCCGCGGCUCUGGAGGAGCUACCGGCCAGACCCCCUCAAGGUCACGGUUCAGGACGUUCCCACCGCCACCUGCUACUCGCUGACGGAUCCACAUGUCAUUACCUUUGAUGGCAGACGGUAUGACAACCAUCAGACGGGCACGUUCGUCCUGUACCGCAGCCUGAGUCGUGAGUUUGAGGUGCAGGCUCGCCACUGGGACUGUGGGAGCCGGCAUUACGCGGUGGCCUGCAGCUGUGGCGUGGCGGUGCGCGAGGGCAACGACCUGGUGACCUUUGACAUGUGCAACGGACAGCUGCAGGAGACUCGGCCACACCUGUCCGUCAAGAGCCUGUCCAAGACCACGCCCCCUCAGGUUAAAAUCCACGAGUCGCACCAGGGCAGGAAAGUUACGAUCCUCUUCCGGUCCGGUGCGUUUGUGCGUGCCGAUGUGAGUGACUGGGGCAUGAGCCUGGCCCUGAGGGCUCCAGGCUCGGACCUGAACCGUACGCGCGGCCUCUGUGGAACGUUCGACCGCAAUGGCAACAAUGACCUGCACAGACCAGACGGAGCCGCCAUUACCAGCGGAGACCUUCAGCACUUUAUCAACAGUUGGAGGAUAGCGGCAGGGGAGAGCUUGUUUGACAGCACGCCGCCGCCCGCGUUGGCUGGCGAGAUUAAGAGCCAUUUCUGCCGCUGUCAGAGGGGCUACGGAACGCCGCUCCACGGGAUGAGCGCCGCCAACUUCCUGUUCAACCAAGUGCCCACUUCCUCGUCCGCCUGCCAAGAGCACGACAGCGCGGAUUACACGUCCCUCUUCCCGUUCCGAGACACCACUGCUGAACACACGCACACGCUCACGCAUGGUUACGAGACGCAGGGAGGACACGAGCAUGAGCAGAGCGUCCUCAAACGACACACGGUGUCUCCGGCAGAAUCUCAGCAUCACCAAGAUGGCGUUGCAUGGGCCUCCAUGGGUAGGAAAAAGCGAGACAUGAGUCAAUCUGCUCUCAUCAAACCUUCAACCUUCAGUCAAACGUCCGUCGUGACAUCAGGGGAGAACGGACCCCCAUCCAAUCAGAUGGUGUCGAGUUUACCUGUUCCAGGGUCAGAAGAAGACUCAAGUAGGCCGAAUGACCGAAGGGCCAAAAGACAGAGCCUUUACGACUUCCCUCCAAACGCGGACCACAGGAACCGGCACCACCACCCAGGUCCGGGCUCCUCGAGCCCCCAGCAGCAGCAUCCGGACACGGAUUUCCAGCCCGUCCUGGCAUUCCAGAGCCUGAGCCAGGCCGACCUGGAGAACUUCGCCUACUUCUUCCCGGACGACCACCUGUCCGAGAGCCGUCCAGUCCCCCAGCCCGUAUGGCCCACCCCAAGCGGCCUGACCUCGGCCAAGGCCCUGGAGCUGUGCCAGACGGCGCUGUCCAACUCCACCGUGGGCCGGGCGUGUCGCACCUUGCUGGACAGGCGUCUGGACGAGGCGGUGGAGCUGUGCAUCCAGGACCUGCAGCUGAAGGACGACCUGGCCUGGGAGGACGCCCUCUUGCCCUUCCUGGAGAACGAGUGCGAGCGGAGGUUGCUGAGGAACAGGACCCUGCGAGCUCUGCAGCUCGGCGGUGGCGGUGGUGGUGGGAAUGAUGGUGCCGGGAAUGGGAAUGCCGGUGACGCUGCCCCCGGUGGUGUUGGUGGUGGUGCUGGGGUCUCAGGGGACAUUGUCACAGCCCUGCGGUGCCCGAACAUGUGCACUGGCAAUGGGCUGUGCACCGAGGCUGGCUGCCAGUGUUACCCAGGACACAGCUUCUAUGACUGCAGCAUACCCAUCAGUCAGAUGGUGGAGUUGACGGACCUGGAGAACAGUGGUCUGUGUGACUUCCGUGCGUACGACUGCAGCAGCAUCCGGGUGUUUGGCCUGGGCUUCCUCGACUCCCCCAAUCUCAGCUGUCACGCCACCAAGCUCAUGUAUGUGAAUGGAGAGUGGAUUCCCGGCGAGAAGACCCAGACCAGGGCCACCUUCCUCAGCUCCAAGGCAGUGGACUGCGAUGUGCCCGCCCUCUCCGCCAUGGCCGAAGACUCCAUCGACUUCACCAUGGACGACAGGCCCUACGCCAGGUGGAAGAUUCAGGUGACAAAUGAUGGUAGUCAGUACAGUGAGCCCAAGGUGCUGACCCUGUAUGAUGGGGUGUGUCAGCAGUGCUCCCCCUCCGCCUCCGGACUCUGUAAAUUAAAGGAGAAGACGUGCAACAUAGAGGGCAUGUGCUUUAGGGAGGGUGAUGCCAACCCCACCAGUCCCUGCCUGCUGUGCAACCCCACUGCCUCCAAGUUCACCUGGUCCCUCAACGAAGUUAAUCAGCCCCCGACCUUCCACGAGCCCAGCUCCGACCUGCGCUCCUUCGUGGGGGAGAACUUUGUUUACCAGCUGACAGCCUCCGACCCCGAAGGCUCCGCUCUCCUCUUCCUGCUGGAGGCCGGACCUCCUCCACCACAGACCCCCCAGGGGGGGCCAUCAUCAGCGCAGGACCAAGCCCAGACACAGGGCCAGAAUCUGGGGCAGCAGCAGCAGCAGGAACAGGCCACACUCUCCCCGGCUGGCCUGCUCAUCUGGAAAGUGCAUUCGGAGGAGACGCAGACGUUUGGAUUUACGGUGUCGGACGAGUGCAACGCUCAGAGCAGGCACUCUGUGCAGGUGACAGUGAGACCGUGUGGCUGUGUGAACGGCGGCACGUGUGUGACGGACAUCAACUUCCCCCCGGGCAGCGGGGCGUACCUGUGUGUGUGCGCGGCCGGCUUCCGCGGCGAGCGCUGCGAGGAGAGGGAGGACGCCUGCGCGUCGCAGCCCUGCGGUGGGGGUGGCACAUGUCUGAACACCGGGGAUGGCUUCAGGUGCCAGUGCACACCUGGACUGACAGGUGCUAUGUGUGAGGAGGAUGUGGAUGAGUGUGACAGGAGCCUGUGCUAUCCUGGGGUGCGGUGCCUCAACACCUAUGGCUCCUUCACCUGUGCCAGCUGCCCAGCAGGCUACACUGGAGACGGACUCACCUGCACAGCAGUGGUUCCGGUGUUCACCCCAGCCCCGAGCACCAGCGGUCAGACCGGCGGCUCCAUCUCUGGUGGGACCAGCCCAUUCAGCAGGAGCGGGAAUGCCAUUCGGACCAGCUCAAGCUCUAGCAGAACCAGCACUUUCAGCCGGACUGGGCUGCAGAACAUCCCCACCAGUGGAUCCGGCAGAACCAGUCCUUUCAGCCGUAGCGGUGAGACCAGCCGGGCCAUUGACUCGAGCAGCAGAACGAGUCCAUUUAACAGGAACUCAGGGACCGGGGACAUUAGCAGAACCGCUCUCUCCAGUAGGACCACCAGCUCCAGUCAAGCCAGGACUGUUGACCAGGUUCGGCCCGACAGUUCGGUGACUGACGGCAAAACUAGUACAUUGAGCAGAACCAUUCCGCAGUCCAGUCGGACGGGUGACGAGGCCAGAACCAGUCCACAGUCCGGUCGAACCGGUGAGGAGGGCAGAACCAGCGGGAUUUCCAACAGAAUCAGUUCCUCCAGCAGCACCAGUGGACCAGUACCAGUUCUCACCGGUCCCCCGGCUCCGGUACCGGUACCAGUACCAGAACCUGCUCCUGGGCCGGCUCCUGAUGCCCUUGUCAAACCCAGUGGGCCCAAGACCCCAAACGGGGGCAAGAGUUCUGUCACCGUCAUCGCAGCCAGUGAGAGCAACAAGGCCGCCCGGCUGCGUGCCAGUGGUGGCUGUGUGCGCGGUCGUGGAGAAGAGGAGGAGGAGAGAGGAGAGAUGAGAAUGGAGACUGGAUAA